AAUCCAGAUGGCCGCCAUUGCACUCAGAGAGCAGGGCCAUGAUGUUACUCUCCUCGAAUCUUCCAAGUUCAGCAACGAGACUGGAGCCGCUAUCCACAUGGCACCAAACGCAAAUGGUUUACUCAAGCGUUAUGGAGUUGAUAUCGAGAAAGUAGGCGCAAACGAAUGCAGCCGAAUCGCACAGUACCAUGCCGAAUCAGGAAAGGCACUCUUCCAAGUCGACCUCACAAUGCCUAACAAGCAAUGGCAACACAAGUGGCUGUUAGUGCACCGCGCCCACUUACACAAUGCUUUGAGAGAAAGAGCCAUCGGAAAAGAGGGCAAAGGCAAGCCUGCUACCUUGAGGCUAGCCAGCAAGGUCACUUCAGUGGAUCCCGAGAAAGCGGAGGUGACUCUAGAGAGCGGCGAGAAAGUUUCUGGCGAUGUUCUCCUUGGAGCCGAUGGUGUUCACUCAUUGUGUCGCAAGUCACUCGUUCUUGAAGAUCCUGAGAAGUACACACCCUUUGAUUGCGGUCACAGCGCUUAUCGCUUCCUCGUACCAAAGGAUCAAGUCAUGGCCGAUCCUGUCUGCCGCGAGUUUGUUGAGCAGGAGGGCAUGCUCUGCAUGAUUGUUGGCGAAGAUCGUAGAGUUGUCGUGUAUCCAUGCGUCGAGAACAAGCUCAUGAACUUCCUUCUCGUAAGCAUCUUCAUCCACCCCAGCAGUGAAUCGCGAUCAGAUGAUGCUGGUUGGAACCAACAGGGUGACAAGAAGCGUAUGCUCGCAAGUGGCGCUAGCCUAGCGCCUCAAGUUCGUGCUCUUCUCGAGAAGGCUCCGGAGGACAGCUUGAAGGUCUGGACCUUGCUGGAUAUGGAGGUUCUCCCGACAUGGAUUAAUGGUAGUAUGGCGUUGUUAGGUGACGCUGCUCAUCCUUUCCUGCCUCAUCAAGCACAAGGUGGUGGUCAGGCCAUGGAAGACGCAGUUUCGCUCGCCGCUAUCUUACCUUAUGGCACAACAAAGGAGGAUAUCCCUGAGAGAUUGAGACUGUAUGAGCAAUGCCGACGCGAACGCGCCAACAGAAUCCAGGAUGGUACCAGAUUGAGUGGAACGUCUCAGAAGGAUCUUGCAAAGAUGGGCAAGAAAUAUGAUGCUUUCGCCUUUACCAACUACAACUUCGGACACGACGAGUGGGAUUUCUCCAGGAACGCCCUGAACAAGCAUCUUCAGUCCAAGCAACCCUACCGCUUCCGCCAACCCAUUUCCUUUGGUCCUAGUCCGGGACCGCGCCAGCCAUUGAACGCUCUGCCAGACGUGCACUCAAUGUCUAAACAAAACCAAACAGUGGCUACAAUUCGUUUCAGAACCUCGAGAACGUACCUCCAGAACUUGUUCCCUACCACUUCGUUCUCUUUCAUGUCGGCAGCAACAGUCGUCGAAGCCUCGAUCAUCUGCUGCUCUCUACGCAGCAUGACAUGGCUGGGCAAUACAGGCUAUGACCACUGUGGUCUGUACAUUCAUGGAGUCAAGUACACCAAGAAGGAUGGCGAGAUUCUUCAAGGAACAUUCUUGCCAAUCUUGUUCGAGAACUUGACCGAUCCCAUCAUCACCGGCCGUGAGGAGCUUGCCGCACCUAAGUUGGGAUGCGACAUUGAUGUCUCGGCUUCUGGCGAUUCACGCAGCGUCCGCAUGAGCUGGCGUGGAACUACCUUUGCGGAACUUGAGUGGAAUGGUCUUCACGACAAGCCUCAGACGAAUGGAGCCAACGGCGCCGGCGCUCCCAACGGCGUCAAUGGUGGUCAUGCGAAGCCUCCUGGUGCCCCUGGUCCUCCUGGUCCACCCAUGCCCAAGAUUGAAGACAACGGCAUGUUCAUGUAUCGAUACGUGCCAGCUGUUGGCGAGCCAGGAAAGGCAGACGCCGAAUACGCCGUGUUCGACGAGUACGAGAAGAAGGCACCAUCUACCUCAGAGUCUCAGCAGGACAUGCAAGACCAGAUGACCAAGUCGGCAACCAUCAAGUUCUCGGCUGGUGACUGGAACUCGCUCCCUACCCUUCAUCACAUCGCUCAAGGCCUCGCAGAUGUGCCGAUAUACGGCAUCGUGGAGGCCACAGUGAAGGAGGUACCUUCAGUAGGUGAUGUGAGGGGGGCAAGAAGGAUUGAGUAGAAGCUGAAGGUGUGAAAUACACGACUUCAGAUCUUUUCUUUCCUUUGCGGUCCAGCGACCUGUUCUCGGAACUGGUAUUAUCUUGGAAAUGUGCGUGGUGCCGUAAUCCGUCAUAAGAGAGUUGCAGACAAACUACGAAAUAUCAUCUUAAUCAGUCAUAAUGACUUACUUCC